AUGGCUACACGAUCAUUAGUCGUGGGAGGAACGGGUGGCAUUGGCUACGCCAUUGCCUGCCGCCUGGCCGCUGCCUCGGCAUCCUCGCAAGUGACCAUCAGCGGCCGCACCGAGCCCAAGGACAUCCCCCAUCCCAACAUCAAGUUCCGCGCCUUGGAUGCAUCUUCCAUGCGCUCCAUCAAGAGAUACACAGAUGACUACAAAUCACUCCAAGACCCGCAACUCGACCUACUCGUCCUCACGCAGGGCAUCCUUACCAUGGCAGGCCGGACCGAAACGUCUGAGGGAAUCGACCGCAAGAUGGCCCUCCACUACUACGGCAGGCAGCUUCUCAUCCGCGAACUGAGCCCCAUUCUAAAGAACGACGCCAAAGUCCUCAUCGUCCUCGACAGCAUCCGCGGAAGCCCGACAAAGCUGAUUUGGGACGACUUGGACCUGAAGAAGAACUUUAGCCUGCAAAACGCAGCGAACCAUUGCCUGUCCAUGACGGACGCCAUGAUUCAGGCGUAUGCGGCUGAGAACAAGGCCAAGAAGCAGCACUUCAUCCACGCAUACCCGGGCCUCGUGCAGACCAACAUUUUCCACACCAUGCCGUGGUAUCUCCGGGUUGGGACAAAACUCCUGACGAAUGUGAUGGGUGUACCGGCUGAUACUUGCGCCGAGGGACUUCUGAAGGGAGUGAACGAGACCUCGGAGAAGGACGGUGCAUCCUGGAGCUGUAUCGAUCAGAACGGUAAGGUGGUUAAAAACAAGGCUAUUUUCACUGAGGAGGAUCUGCAAAAGGUCAAAGAUCACACCUGGAAGACGAUUGAUGAGGCGCUUGCAAUGUCCAGCGAGUAA